CUCGGUUCCUCUGGCGCCUUAUUUGAAUGCGGGCCCCGGGUCAGCCCGGGCCAGGGGAGACCCCGCCUGGGACCGAGGGCUGACGGCUGAGGAGUCUCAAUUUCCCCCGACGUGAAAGCAUUGAGCAAAGCCAUGGCCCUUGUCCUUCUCCCUCCCGUGGCUCACCAGGCGUCCGUGACGUUCAAGGACGUGGCUGUGGACUUCACCCCGGAGGAGUGGGGACGCCUGCGCCCUUCCCAGAAGGAGCUGUACAGGGACGUGAUGCUGGAGAACUACAGGAACCUGGUCUGGCUGGGUAAAGAUGACUCCCUGGGCCUCAGAAGCUGCCCUUUUGGAGGGUUGCACUUCCUUUACUAUGUGGUGGGGUCUUUGUGACUGCUUUUGUUUUUGAGAUUGGGUUUCUCUGUCUUGCCUGGGCUGGCAGGGCAGCUGCCUCUCAUGGGCCCAGUCCUAAUGCUGCUCUGUUUCUCUGGCCCCUCCCUAGGCAUCCCAGUGGCCCCCCAUCCUGGGGACUCGCCACGUUGGUACCUAACUUUGUGCAGA